AUGGGGAGAAGAGGGAUAAGGCGGGUCACAACCGAUCAAGACACUGGCCCCGGGGCAGCUCCCCGCGGCGCGCUGCAGGCGGGGCCCGGGGCCUCCGGCGGCCUGCACCACGCGCACUCGGACGCGCAGGGCCACCUCCUCUUCCCCGGCCUCCCUGAGCAGCACGGGCCGCACGGUUCACAGAAUGUGCUCAACGGGCAGAUGCGCCUCGGGCUGCCCGGCGAAGUGUUCGGGCGAUCAGAGCAGUACCGCCAGGUGGCCAGCCCGCGGACCGACCCCUACUCGGCACAGCUCCACAACCAGUACGGCCCCAUGAAUAUGAACAUGGGUAUGAACAUGGCAGCGGCCGCGGCCCACCACCACCACCACCACCAUCACCCUGGUGCCUUUUUCCGCUACAUGCGGCAGCAGUGCAUCAAGCAGGAGCUCAUCUGCAAGUGGAUCGACCCUGAGCAGCUGAGCAACCCCAAGAAAAGCUGCAACAAAACUUUCAGCACCAUGCACGAGCUGGUGACCCACGUCUCUGUGGAGCACGUCGGCGGCCCGGAGCAGAGCAACCACGUCUGCUUCUGGGAGGAGUGUCCGCGCGAGGGCAAACCCUUCAAGGCGAAAUACAAACUGGUCAACCACAUCCGCGUGCACACAGGCGAGAAACCCUUCCCCUGCCCCUUCCCGGGCUGCGGCAAGGUCUUCGCGCGCUCUGAGAACCUCAAGAUCCACAAAAGGACCCACACAGGGGAGAAGCCGUUCCAGUGUGAGUUUGAGGGCUGCGACCGGCGCUUCGCCAACAGCAGUGACAGGAAGAAGCACAUGCACGUCCACACCUCCGACAAGCCCUAUCUGUGCAAGAUGUGCGACAAGUCCUACACGCACCCCAGCUCUCUGCGGAAACACAUGAAGGUCCAUGAGUCCUCCCCGCAGGGCUCUGAGUCCUCUCCAGCCGCCAGUUCGGGCUACGAGUCGUCCACGCCCCCGGGGCUGGUGUCCCCCAGUGCCGAGCCCCAGAGCAGCUCCAAUUUGCCCAAGAAAUCCUGCUUAUCUGCACAGCCACUGCACACAGAUAAGCAGAAUGUUCAUGAGAAGUAUCUUUGGUUCUCGGAGAGGUCCUGGCAGCCCCCAAGUCACACUCCCGAACCCAGUGGUGAAGGAUUUGGGCAGCAGCAACACCACCUCCCUAGAAUCACCCAGCCCACGCGGGGCUCUGCUGGCGGAGACCAAGAGCAGGGGUGGCUGCUGCAGAGACCGUUGUCUCUCUCUCCCCUUCAGGCCCUCGACUGGUCCCCAGGACCUGGCAGACUAGGCCGGAGGGCUGCUUAA